AUGCCUGUCCUGCUGAGUCCGGAGAUCGCCUCCAAGUUUAAGGAGAAAUGGCUGAACCUCCAGCCGGAGCUUCAGGACAGCGCAGCCGGCUCAGUGCACCUGGACGACAGCCUGACCAGCCUCCACUGGCUGCAGAACUUCUCCAUCCUCAGCGCUAACCAGGAAAGACCCACUGGCACUGGCUCCGGUUGCCCAUCACAUCACCUGCUUUCCUACCACCAGCGCAUGUACCCCCGUGGAACCGACUCCCCGUCCAGCCCUCCAGCGGGGGACACCGCCGCUACCGGUAUGCCUUUCUGCCUCGGGAGCCCGGUUACCUCUGGCAGUAACUCCACCGACGUGCGUUUGGUGAACUACCCUCACCACGACCACCACAUCAAGGCGCAGAUCAUCUCACCAGAGGAGAUUGACUUUAAAACGAACCCCAAAGUCAAACCGCCGUAUUCCUACGCCUCUCUCAUCUGUAUGGCCAUGCAGGCUAGCAAGAAGCCCAAGGUGACUCUGUCCACCAUCUAUAACUGGAUCACAGACAACUUCUGCUACUACAGACACGCAGAUCCUAGCUGGCAGAACUCUAUCCGCCAUAACCUCUCGCUCAACAAGUGUUUCAUGAAGGUGCCGCGGCAGAAGGAUGAACCAGGGAAAGGAGGCUUCUGGCAGAUCGACCCUCAGUACGCUGACAUGUUCGUUAACGGAGUCUUCAAGAGAAGGAGAAUGUCCUCCAACCUUUACAACACCAACAGGCAGAGCAAGCUCCUACACAACCAGGAAACUGGCUACCAUAGAGGCACUCAGGGGAGCCAAGAUGGCUACCACUACCUUGGAGCUGGAGCCAGCAGCAAGCGUAAACAACCUUCUCCAAGGCAACACGGCAAGAUGGCGCGGACCCACAAAUCCCCGCUGUUAGCCAUGGAGGCACACAGCGCAGAUAUAGUUCUGAGGGGAGAUUUUGACCUGGCGUCUGUGUUUGAUGACGUCCUCAGUGGUAACUGCAGUACGUUCGAAGAACUGGAUAUCGACACUGCUCUGAGUUCCCUGGGCUGCUCUUUGGACCUGACCCUGCAGGGGAGGCACUCCGCUGGGCUGGGAAGGUGGUGUGGAGAGGGGGACAAUCAGACCCAGCAGACCCACUACUCUUACGACUACAUGGAGCUGAGUGGCUCAGUGGGAUGUGACAGCAGUAACAUGGGGGACCAUCACGUUCAACAGCAACAGCUGAGCCAGGAUCAGUUGUUACAGAGCCACCUGCACCAGUUCGAGGAGGUGACUCUGUUUCCAGAGCAGCAGGAGGUGCACCCCUGGGAGGAGAUGAAGGAGGAGGCGCAGGCUAUCCCUCUGACUCUGGAUCAGGGCUUUGGGCUGUGUGAAGGAUUCUUCUCAGAGAUACAACCCUGGGAGAGGGCUGAGGCCUACCUGUGA